UUUUAAACAGUGAGAGUAACUGUCUCCCUCCUUCUGUACCACAGACAAAGCCUAGUAGGCAGUUUUUAUUUUGACCUGAAGCUAAGGCUUAGACAAGCGCCAUCAUGUCCAGCAAGCGGGCCAAGGGAAAAACCACUAAGAAGAGGCCACAGAGGGCCACAUCAAAUGUGUUCGCCAUGUUCGACCAGUCCCAAAUCCAGGAGUUUAAAGAGGCGUUCAACAUGAUCGACCAAAACAGAGACGGAUUUAUAGACAAGGAGGAUCUGCAUGACAUGUUGGCCUCUUUAGGUAAGAACCCGUCUGAUGAUUACCUGGAGGGCAUGAUGAGCGAAGCUCCAGGUCCUAUCAACUUCACCAUGUUUCUUACCAUGUUCGGAGAGCGUCUGAAUGGAACAGACCCUGAGGAUGUGAUCAGGAACGCCUUCGCCUGCUUCGAUGAGGAGGGAUCUGGUGUGAUUCAUGAAGAUCACCUGAGAGAGCUGCUGACCACCAUGGGGGAUCGCUUCACCGACGAGGAGGUGGACGAGCUGUUCCGAGAAGCUCCCAUCGACAAGAAAGGAAACUUCAACUAUGCCGAGUUCACCCGCAUUCUCAAACACGGAGCCAAGGACAAGGACGACAUCUAAAUCUCCAUACAGACUUUCCUGCCUUCCUAAAAAUGAUUACCCACAUACAUGAUAUGUACAUAAAGGGAGAAACACCCAAAUAAACAAAGCACUAUUGUCAAGCCAGAAUGAAGAAAAUUACAGAUACACUAUAUGGCCAAAAGUAUUCGGACACCUGACUAUGAGCUUAUUGGACAUACCAUUUUUAAAAUGGUAUUUAAAGAGUGACCUGUAUGUGAUCUUUUUAGCUAUAACAACAGCCACUUCGAGAAGGCUUCUCACGAGACUUUGAAGUAUAUCUGUGGGAAUUUGUGCCCAUUUAGUCAAAUGAGCAUUUGAUGUUUUAGUUCAUUCCAAAGCUGUUCAGUAACACUGAGGUCAGGGGUGUUCCAACACGUUUGUCUAUAUAGUGUAUAGUAUAUCCACACAAAAAUGAAAACCUUUAAUUUUUGGGCACUUGCACUUGUGUAGAUUUAAUAGUUUAUAUGUGUACACCAUGUUAAUGUCUUUCCUCACCAGCCCGGUGCAUUUGUGUGACUUUCAGUGUUUCAUUCGGUUAUUAUGAAGCUGAGCUUUGCAAAAUACACAAAAAAAUCCAAAACAUUCAGGUAAAAAUGAAAGGGUUACGUGACUUUUUUAAUGUUAAUGAAGAAAUUAAUUGCAACAUGGCUUCAGUGUGAUAAAACUGAUCUGAACAUUAUUGUGUUAAUUGAAGGUAACAGUGGAUUGAUUACUUUCUUUAGACCAAUUUUAUUUUACUUUUAUCAACCACUUUAUCCUGGUUGGGGUCUCGUCAGAUUCUAAGACAGGAAUAACCUGGAUUAGGUGUCAAUCCCUUACAAGGGUUCAGCCAUUCCCAACUCAGACAUAGUCAAUUAUACAGUAUAUGUGUAGUCACCCAGCUAAGAAUCAGACCCAGUGCUUAGAAGUAGUGGGCUGGCAUGGUAAACCACUGCAGCACCUGAUGCCACCCAGCCCGAGUUCAUUCAUUCAUUCAUUCAUUUUCUUAUUCGCUUAUCGGGGGGGAUCGAACCCAGGACCUUUUAAGCCACCAUGCCGCCCUCCAGCCCGAGUUGUACAUUCUUAUUUUUUCUUUAUUUGAUAUGUGUUUUUGUACGAUAUCUGCUUCUCUGGUUCUUAUUUCACAGAUCCCAUCUAAAGAAGUUUCAUUAAAUAAGAUCAGAAUCUGACAAUAACCAACAGGGUUUAUUCAACUGGAAUGAAGUUUCUGCAUUUUGGGAACAGAAGUUUUUUCAUUACAUGAUGUUUCAUCUAUUUUAACCUCACUUUUGUGCAACUCACUUAUAUGGGAGACAAUCAAAAUUGUGCAUUUUGUAACCUAAUAAAAUCUCAUGACAAUAAGUUGGCAA